UAGCGCGUCUCAGCAUUACACCCUCAUAAUGCCCAUAUGCAUGAGCGAGCUGGCCAAAUUUGACGCUGUUCACUUUUCGCCCGUGAAUGCAAGUCCAGGACUUGGUCUUCUUCGUUGGCUCCUGCGCAUAGUCCUCCCUUCGCUUUACACCCGUGAAGCACUUCUGCUCACCGCUCACUCUACAUUCCUCGUCUUAUAUUACUGCCAAGCUGUAGAAGCCCGUCUGGAAGACGAAUAUAGGGCUAGUGUUGGGCGCGUCGGGAGAGAGAGCGAAUUUGCCUCCUACCUUCGCACACCUCCAUCAUUCCGUCACGUUCUGCUCUCAUCAAACGCUCCUGCACCUCAUAUCCUCACCUAUCGUGCUUUCUUCCAACCAAUCCCCUUAUCCAUACAUCCCAGUUCUAUCUUUCAAAACCUCAACCAAUACCCUUCACAAAUCUGCGUCGCAUACGAACGGACGGAAGAUUUCGUCAUAACCCUCCGGUCCGCUGCUGGGCUGAUAGCUAUUCCGCUGCUUAUCAUGAGGAAGCGCUCUCGUGGUGCGGGAGUUAUGGAUGAAGAGGGCAAGGAAAAGCGACUCAUGUACGCGUAUAAAGAUCUGCAGGAGGUUGCUGGAUUGACUGGGCGACUCUACACCCUCCUUUCAACCCUGCACAACCUCCCCCCCCCCCCCCCCCCCCACUCCCCCCUGCUCCCGCAAAGGACGAGGACACAUCCGUGCUGAAGAACGCGGAUAUAUGUAUUCCAAGGGAUCCCUUUACCUCUUCCGACUCACCUUCACCUACACCUUCUCACCCCCCCGCUAUCACCUCUAAACUCAAAGCUCAUACGAGCACGCAGAAUCAUUGGGGAUAGGAUUGAUCGUCAUCUCCUUGCGACAGUCUCUGACAAGAAAUCACACGCAUAUAUUGACUCUGUCGGACGAUGGGACGGAGAGUUGGACGUUUAGCCGGAUUGCUACGCUUCGGGCUUAGGAGGCGUUGACGAAGGGGUGCGACGAGAGCGGACCGGCGACACCUAGAAGUGCUUUAUGGCAAUC